AGAAUAAGAUAAGAAUUUUUAGACAGUUUGCAUAAAGGUUUUUGUGCGUAUAACAAUUUAACAAUUUAUUGACAAACAUGUAUUUAAAGUAAAAUGUCAUGUCUCGGAAAAGUAGAAAAAGUUGUGCAAAUCCAAUGUUUCUUUUGUGGCUUGAAGAGUGGCAAAAAGAUGCAGAGGAAAAAGGUUUAAAUUCUAAAUGGACAUACUCUAAGGCUAUAUCCUCUAUUAAAAAGUAUCCGCUGCCUUUGAGAUCAGGUAAAGAGGCAAAGAUCCUUGAAAAUAUAGGGGAUGGUAUAGCUAAGAAGCUUGAUCAAAGGCUUGCAGAGUAUUUGGAUAGUGGAGGAGAUUAUAAAAGUUUACAUCAGAUGAAUACAAGUCUUCAAUCCCCUUGCUCCCCACCAAAAAAAACAAAGAAAAAUAUACUUGUUAACGCAUCUAGUGGUUCUUCGCUGGAUAAGCCAUUUGCCGGUCCUCAGUGCUCAGAUGCUAAUGGAAAAACAAAGCAAUAUAUUCCUAAAUUUCGAUCAGGUCCAUAUGCACUUCUCGUUACUAUUUAUGAAGAAUCUCAGAAGUCUUCCUAUGUUGGAUAUUUGUUAAAACAAGAGCUUCAGAAGAAAGCACAGCAUCUUUGUGAUAAGUCAUUUACUUUGCCAGAUAGUGGAUCACGUUAUACAGCCUGGUCAUCCAUGAGUAAGUUGAUUGAAAAGGGGUAUAUAACUAAAGUUGGCAGCCCAGCAAAGUAUCAUAUUACUUCAUCUGGAUGUGAGUUAAGUCAACUCCUUCUGAGACUCAAUAAUGACCCGUCUUCUGUUCAAUCAAAUGAUUUUAGUAUUAAAAAUUCUUAUGGAACACUUGCCUCACAGUCAUCAAAAGUGGUUUGUAAAGAUCAAUUUUUAAAAGAAAGUCGUCUACAGCUCAGUGAAGGUAUUGGGGCAUCUCUUUCCACAACAAAAUUGUUUAUUUCAAAUAAAAAUAAUAAUACAAAACACUCUUCACCUCUUUUAAAUGAAGUUAUAAAUAUAGAAGAGGAGGUCUGUAUUGAAGCUGCUUGUACUGAAAAACACUGUUCACCUCUUUUAAAUGAAGUUAUAAAUAUAGAAGAGAAAGUCUGUAUUGAAGCUGCUUGUACUGAAAAGGAUGCUUGUGUAUCUAUUGAAAAAUUGAGAUACUGGUAUAUUUCUGAAAAUAAUGAAAAAACCUUGUUUAAAUCUAAGGCUUUGGUGACAGUUGAUGAUGACUUUGGACUUGGUUUCUUAAUUAAAGUUAAAUUGUUUGAGCUAGAAGCUUCUGGUGCUUUAUUCAAAAUAGAUUUGUCCAGACCUUCAGAAGGUGAUUUUCAUUUUGUUAUGAUUUCAGACAAUGAUUGUAGAGAUGUAGCUGUUCCUCCUGCAGACUGUCAUGAAGCGGCUGUUUCAAAUAAGAAAGCUAAUCAAAAUAAACACAACAUUAAAAAGGAUCUUUUAUUGCGUAUAAAAGAAAAAAGCACAGCUUUAAAGUUUAAGGAAACUGAAUUCAAUUCUACGAGUAAUAAAGUUAUUCCAAAAGAUAAGUACGAUAUGUCUUCUUCUUUUACGAUGGUCAAGUCAUCUACCAAUUAUCUAAAUGGUAAUUAUAAUGAAAUAAAAAGUAGAGAAAUUCGAGAUCAAGACUUAUUUUCAUCUAGGAAAAUCACUGAAAUAGUAAAAAAUGUUUUAUCAACAGAACCCCCUUUGUUUUGCUUUAAACCAGGAACUUUUCGAGUUAUUUUAUGUGUCGAUAAUUCAGAAACGUUAGGGAGUGGCAAAAGAAAGAAAGAAAUGGCAGACAAGUUGUCACAAAGUGGUAUCCCUAUAGAUACUCGUAAGCUGCAGGUUGGUGAUUUUCUUUGGAUUGCAAAAGAAAAUUCAGGUUUGGAGCGUGAGCUAGUAUUAGAUUUUAUUAUUGAAAGAAAAAGAAUGGAUGAUCUGGCAUCAAGUAUCUGUGAUGGAAGGUUCAAGGAACAAAAGUUUCGUUUAAAGAACUGUGGUUUAUUGAAGUUAAUAUAUAUGGUGGAGUCAUACAAAAAUGCAAAGCAUCUACCUAUUCCUGAACAGUCUCUUUAUCAGUCAAUUACAAAUACUCAAGUUAUCGAUGGCUUUUUUAUCAAAGAAACUAAUGACUUGUUUCACUCAGCAGAAUAUUUAAAAAUUAUGACUAAUCAAUUGAUCAAUCUAUAUAAGAACAAGACCUUGUUUGCUGCUCGAAUGGAUUUAGUUAAAGAAAUUAAAAAGAAUGCAAUUUGCGAAGAGGUUCUGCAACAUGAUGAACAAUAUUUGAUUACGUUUGAAGAAUUUUCUUCACAAACUGAUAAAAACAAAGUUUUGUUAGUCAAGGAGAUGUUUGUAAAACACCUUACGCAAAUCAAAGGAAUGUCUGUAGAUCGAGCUUUAGCUAUUGUUAAAAUAUAUUCCACUCCAUCUAUCCUUGUCAGCGCUUAUGAAAACUGCUCUUCUGAUUCAGAAAAAGAAAAUUUGAUAAGCUCUAUCCAAUUUGGAACAUUGCAAAGAAAAAUUGGUAAUGCGUUGAGUAAGCAGGUGUACUUCGUUUAUUCAAAUAAAAAAUCAUGAAAACGGAUUGGUUGCCAUAGCGAAUUACUAGUGUUGUAAAUAAUUCAAAUUUGUUUGCUAUGAAAGCUACGUUAUCCUGAAUUUGGCAAUUGAUCUUUUUUUGAAAUAUAUCAUAUUAGUAUUGAGUUCAAAUAUAUAUAUUAUAAAUAAAUGUAUAUACAUAUAUAUUUAUUGUGGUGAACACGCUUCUAAAAAUCGCACGAACGUAUUUUUUACAGAAAUAAGUCAAAAAAUUUUAAUUUGUACAACGAAAAACUUUAGUACAAAGAAAAAACUUUUCAAUUUAUUGUUUGAAGAAAAAUUAUUAAACUUGUAAAAAGAAAAAACUUUUAAACAAAGUAUGUUUACACUAGAUGAAAGCUCACAAAUAACGUUAUGUGUGUUAUACAGUGCUGGAGCUGUCUUAAGUAUAUGGAUAGCAUUGUUUUCUCCUUACAUUUUCGAUUGGAUGGGUGUAGAUGUGCAAAAAAAAGAACAGGUUUCUAACUGGCCAAAACGUUUUUUAAUAAGCGUCAUAUUACAACCAUUCACAUUUGCUGCAGCAGCAAUCGCUUUGUGGUGGUCUCCAGGUACAGUGUUGAUCCCACCCAUUCAUUUUCUCAUAUCCUUGAUUUGUUUAAUCGCUAUUGAUGUAGUCAGAGAGGAAGAACCAUGGGAGAAGGGUUAUACGCGUCUUUUUUAAAAUGCAGAACAACAUUUACGCGUCUUUUUUAAAAUGCAGAACAACAUUUAAAAUGAAAAUCUUUUAAUAAAAUUUUGAUAAAACUUAUAACGUCAUUUAUUUGUAUCUAAUAUUGUAAUGAUACUUUAUGUUCUAUAAUAUCUCUCUUUUA